CUCCAGAACUACACAUCCGUAGACGCUCCAGCAGCACCCUUUUGCCAGAGGUGCGUGGUAAAUGUAGUCAUUUCAUAAUAAAAACACCAUCAUUUUCCCGCAAGAAGACCCUCCUCCUGAGAGUAACCACAGAAUAAUCACAGGGAGCCUAUAAACCGCUGGCAGCCCUUAAGGUGACACACAGCCCCAUUCACAUAAACCGCUGCUGUCUGGAUCCUCGAGGACAAACCUAGAGACGUUCACAGGACGCAGACAUGGAGAAAGAUGCGAGACCCAACUGGGACAACCCCAUGCAGUUUGUGCUGGCGUGUGUGUCUUAUGCAGUCGGACUUGGAAACGUAUGGCGAUUUCCUUACCUUUGUCAAAUGCACGGUGGAGGGGGCUUCUUGAUUCCAUAUUUUAUCAUGCUGCUUGUGGAGGGAGUGCCCUUGUUCUACUUGGAGCUUGCCAUUGGUCAGAAGAUGCGUUUAGGUAGCAUUGGGGCAUGGACUGCCAUCAGCCCUUAUUUAGGAGGAGUGGGUCUUGCUAGUGUUGUGACGUCCCUGUAUCUGUGUCUCUAUUACAACGUCAUCAAUGCAUGGAGUUUCUGGUAUCUCUUUAAUUCAUUUCAAUCCGUCCUGCCCUGGGCAGUUUGCCCCAUAAACGCCAACCGUACAGCACCUAUAGAAGAAUGUGAGGUGGCCUCACCCACCCAGUACUUCUUCUACAGGGAAACACUGAACAUCUCUUCCACUAUUGAAGAGAAUGGAGGCAUUCAUACAGGCCAGGCUUUGUGCUUCCUCCUGACUUGGGUGAUUACCUACCUGUGCAUCGUCCGAGGAGUACAGUCUACUGGAAAGGUGGUGUACUUCACAGCCACGUUUCCAUAUGUGGUCCUCUUUAUCUACCUGAUCCGGGGCUUCACUCUUCAUGGCGCCGUCAAUGGUGUCAAAUACAUGUUCACGCCCAAGAUGGAUCAACUUGCGAACCCGGCUACGUGGAUCAAUGCAGCCACUCAGAUCUUUUUCUCUCUGGGUUUGGGUUUUGGGUCCCUCAUAGCUUUUUCCAGCUACAACCAGUACAACAACAACUUUGAGCGCCAGGCCAUCACCGUCUCUCUCAUCAAUAGUGGGACCUCCAUCUUUGCCAGCAUUGUCACUUUUGCCAUCUACGGGUUCAAGGCCACUGUCAACUAUGAGAACUGCUUGGAGAGGACACGGAUUCUGCUAUUGAAUACAUUUAAUCUAGCAGAAGACACCAUCACUUUGGAUAAUGUCUUGGAGUGGAUUAAGAAGCUGAAUGCAACAUACCCAGAGCAGUUUAACGAAAUUGCUAACGACACUGGAAACUGCAGCCUGGAGCAAGAACUCGCGACCGCUGUAGAGGGACCAGGUCUGGCGUUCAUCGUGUACAGUGAAGCCAUUACGAACAUGCCAUUGUCUCAGCUGUGGUCAGUGUUGUACUUCAUCAUGCUCCUGCUGUUAGGAGUUGGCAGCAUGCUGGGUAACAUCACAGCCAUCAUCACCCCACUACGAGACUUCAGGGUCGUGUCCCGCAUAAGCAGCGAGUUAUUUAACGGUUUAGUGUGUUUGUUCUGUCUGCUGCUUGGCCUUGGCUUCACCACCACAUCAGGGAAUUACUGGUUCACCAUGUUCAAUGACUACGGAGCCACUUUCUCCCUGCUGUUCAUCGUCCUCAUCGAGGUCAUAACUGUCAGUUACAUCUAUGGAAUUAAAAGGUUUGAAAAAGACAUAGAAGACAUGCUUGGUCAUCGCCCUAACUGGUACUGGAAGAUCAUGUGGGUAGUAAUCAGUCCCCUUCUCCUUAUCGUCCUCUUUGUCUUCUACAUUGUCAACUACAUCAUGGGAGGAACGCCUACAUACCAAGCAUGGGACAAAGAGCAGGGUAAAUCAGUGCUGACAGAGUAUCCUGCCUUUGGUCAAGUCUUCAUUGUGCUGCUGCUGGUGUCUUCAGUCAGCUGUGUUCCCCUCACAGCUCUGUACGUCUUCUGCAGAAAGAGAAAACAUGGAAAACCUCUCAAGCAGCAGCAUGCUCUGAGUACAGUAUCUGCUUAGUGACCAGACUGUGACACGGACCUCCAUCAAGAGACUGUCAUCCAUCGCCUCUUACAAGGAAGGACGGUGACAUGUGAUAAUCAAUUUUUAAUUUCAUCACAUUUUAUACGAGCAAGAGCAUUUUUGAGCUGCUCUGCCCUCAAGAAAAGGUAUUUAAAUCCUCCUUCUUCUUUCGCUUUUGUAAACGGCACAGUCUUGAAAGAGAAGCUCAAUUGGAGACAUGGGCAGAUAAAACCCAGAUUUAAUUUGUAUUGCUUUUAAAAAUCUAUUUUUGUACAAUUUCUCUCAGGAUUAAAGUCGGACUUCUGAGCCAGAUUCCAACCAAUAAUCAAUGCACUCAAAGAGCUUUACCUUCAUCUCAUACCACACUGGAGCAGAAAAUAAUCUUCACUUGGUUUCAGGUGAUAAUUUCCACCACUUAACUAUGUAAUAUGUUAUUAGUCAUAUUGUUAGUGCAGAUAUAGUUUGUGUAAUUGUCAGACAUCUAAUCAUAUAUGUUUGAAAUUCAGAAUUUCAAAUGACUUUAGUUUACUGAAUGGUAGUAUGGUAACAUGAUGACUAUAAGUAGCACUGCAGUUUACUCAAUGGAUCCUAAAAUUUAGUGUCUGAAUAUGUCACCCUUCAUCUCUCAUAUGCUGGCAGAUGUUUAAGUAUGCUAGUUCAUAUUUAGCCUUAGGUUUUAAUUCCUCUUAGUAAGGGCUGAACCAAUUCAGGCUCAAGUUAAGUCAACUUUAUUUGUAGAAAUACAAAAACCCCCAAUGGAACUAUAGUUUAGCACUGAUCAUAGAGAGGGGCUGCACAGUGGUUAGAACUGUGGCCUUGCAGCUAGAAGACCCCUGGUUCGCAUCCUGGCCUUCCUGGGAUCUUCCUGCAUGGAGUUUGCAUGUUCUCCCUGUGCAUGGUGUUUUUUUUCCAGGUUCUCCAGCUUCCUCCCACAGUCCAAAAAUAUGCUGAGGUUAACUGGAAAUUCUGAAAUGUCCAUAAGCGUGAGUGUGAUUAUUUGUGUCUAUAUGUAGUCUUGUGAUAGACCGGUGUCCUGUCCAGAGUGUCCCCUGCCUUCACCAUAAUGGUGCUUUUCCGUUAGCACCUACUUGGCUCAACUGUACUCAACUUGACUGAGUUUACAUCGUUUUUCAUUACAAUGGGGUACCACCCAUAGACUGUGGUACCACCUCAUCAGGGUGCAGUCGUCAUAGCACGGCGGCCUGGCCACAGAGUUAGCGUUGAUGGCUAACUAGCUAGCUUAUUGUCUGCAUACAAACGACAAUAACGUUACUUUCAAAAUACACUUGUUUGCUUACAGUGAGCUUGCCACUAAUAGGAUAUGUAAUGGAAAAGUUUCUUGAAGUCACAAAACACACCAGUUUUCUGUGAAGGAGUCGCUCUCGUGUGUCGUCUCUCCCUGUCCAAUCAGUGGCCAGCACUCUGUAGACAUCACAUUAUCGGCUCGACUCAGUUCACUUGGAACCCCGGCGGAGUAGGUACUAAAAUGGUAACAGGUAACAGGUACUAGUCCUAAUGGAAAACCUCACAAACCGAGUAGAGUUGAGCCGAGAAGGUGCUAAUGGAAAAGCGCCGUAAGUCAGCUGGGAUAGACUCCAGCCCAACUGACCCUAAUGAGGAUAAAGUGUUGUAUAGAUGAUGGAUUGAUGGUUAUAGAGGGUCUGAUGUGUCACACCAGCUGCUGCCGUUUUUAUUGAUUCUAUAAUUGAGUGUUAGUAUUUAAAACAUGAGCAAAGGGGACAUUUAACAAAAAUAUGCUGGAUUGUAGGAAAUUUACAUCACAACUAUUGUAGCUUCUGAUUUAGUCCUGGAAAUUGCUGACUAAACAUAAGACAUAACAUUGACUGAUUUGAGUUGUGGUCUGAUAAGGGUGUUGAUUAUUCAGUAGUAUAAGUGUACCUGCUUACCAGAUACCUUCAUUGUAUUGGGGCACCUGGUAAGCAGAUUAGUUUACGUGCUCUUGGUAAGAAGGUGUAUAAAUGUUCCAUUUCUCCAAGGUAUAAAGUAUUUUCUGACAACAAGUGUAGUAUCUGUUUUAAAUGGCUGGCUUCUGCUAUCAUGCCAUCAUUUGCUUUGUACACCCAAAAAUAUGUAAAAUGUGUAUAUAUUGUAGAUAUGUGUCAUACAGUGGUCUAAUAAUUGGAAUGCUCAAAAAAUGGAAUGUCUUUACUUUGAUGUGUCAGUAACCAAAUAAGAUUUUAGUAAAUAGUGAAUGAAUUUCCAUUAAAACAAGCUUAAUUUCCAUUCAUAUUAACCUGUAAUAUCUCAUGAGUUUGUAAACUUUCACAUUUAUGGGGACCAGCUUUUUAUUAAACAAAUGUGAUGUGAUGUUGGUAAAAAAAUAAGUGUUUGUGUGUUAAAUAUUUCUCUGUCUGUCUCUGAGAUGUCUGCAAAAUACAACCUUUAUCACUUCAUUACAUUUUCUGUGAACAUGAACACCUUUUUGGAGGAAUGAAUCCAGCAGGAUAUCUACAACUUUGACUUCAAAAAGAGCAACCUGACCAAAGUAAUUCACAACCCGGGGCUUAACAGACUUGUUGCUGCCAAAGGGAUCAAGCACACCUCAUGUCAUUAGUCAUCAUGGAGAUGGAUACUUGCUGUAAACUGUAGUCAGAUGAUGAAAAAUGGUUGUAUGUAGAGGGAGGUGGUAGCCUGUCUUUGUUUAGAGGUGGCAUUAGAGUUGGUCUCUGUGAUCUUGUCUACCAAAUGUAGUAGUAAAAGGAAGUGGGUCUAAAGUUGCACUGAACACUGCUUUAGGAGUUGAAUAUUGCUGGUUAACAUGGUGUAGAGCCAGAUGUGUCCUAAGCAUAUGCUUUAAAGUAGAUGACAAACAUUUGCACUGGUGGUUUAACUUUGCUAGCAUCGAUUUAGUGGGCAGUGUUAAACUGUGUAAGCCCAUACCUGCUGCUUGAAGUGGAACAGUAUACUUGUUCUAAAAGUGCAUCCUACACAUAAUUAGGGAGAACAGUAACAACAGAGGAAAUGCCGGGUUGGUGAUAUAUAAAUGAAUGUCAUCAGCAAAAAAAUGACAUUUCGUAUAUCCUAUCACCUAUGGACCUCUCCUCUAAGGACCAGCACUUCCUUCAGGACACAGCGAAUGGUUCAGUUGACAUAUUAAAAAGGAAUGGGGACUGGACACCCAGGCCUCCCUUCCAUGUACAGAGGAAAAUUAUCUGCUUGUACCCCCAACUGUUUGAAAAGAUGACAAGGAGGGCUUUAUAAUAAUUACACCGAGGAAAAACAGAUGCCUCCAAAUCUAAUUGUGAUUAUCAAUGUUUAUGACUACCAACAACUUGAGGCAGAUUUUACAGGGUUAUGUGAUAAAUCAAGACGUCAGUGGGUGGUAGAGUAGGAGUGCUUUCCUUCAACAAAUUCUAUUUGAUCAGGUGAUAUUAUGACUGAACAAAAUUGUCAACCAAUUGGCUCACAGUUUCAUACAUUUUUUAUUUGCCUCAGUGUUUCUCAUCCAAGAAAUCCGUCCAAGAAAGGAAUCAUUACAUAUUUUCAGGCACAUUCAUUUCAGGAUUUCUUAGCUGUUACUACAUUUGGGACCAUCUUCUCUGGAGUCUCUCAGCAGCACCAGUGGAGGUGGUGGUGGUGAAAUCACAGCCCACUGAACAAAAAUAUAAACACACCACAGAUUUUCUUAUCUAACUUCUCACUGCAUUUCUAUAGUUGGUUCUCCUUGGAAAAGGGUUCAAUUUAGGCUACUGUGCUCAUAAUGUACUGAGCUGUUCAGCUGGUGGCAAUUUCUUGGCAUUGAGUUAAUCCAUACCCUAGUCAGGUGCAGCUUUUAGAACAAUGAUCAGACAGCGUGACCAGUAUACAGACCUUUGAUCAGUGACGAUAAAAGUCCGCCUUUAAAAUUCAGCUUGCCAAGAGAAACACAAGAACAGGCUGGCACGCUGAAUGCUGCAAGCUUUUGUGGUCUAAAAAAAUCAUUCCUGACAGCAUCUACCACGUGCUGCUGUGGAUAGGCGUGGUUAAAUGUGACAUUUGAUAGAAGGUUAAUCAAUUUUGCUAAGGGUGGGAUAAUAUUCCAUGAACCAGUAUCAACAAAACAAAAAAUAGUUGUAGGUCUUUUCUUUGAUUUUUAAAUACCUGCACCACCUGAACUGUUAUCAGAUCGGAUUUUCAAUGCCCAACCUGUAAAAUAUAUACUAAACAACCACCUGAUCCUGACUGGCAACAUCUGUUGGACAGUACUUUAUCAUUAACAGCAACUGUUUUUCCCUCUUUAUCAUCAGUAAGAAAUUUGCUAAACCGAGAAUGUGAAAGCUGUCAUGUAAUUAAUGGAAUGAUUAUCUUGUUGCCUUGUUUCUAAAAACUUGUUCAUUUCUAAAAAUCACCAAAGCUGUAUUUUUUUUGUUUUGUUUUGUUUCUGGUGCUUCAUUAAGCUUUGGAAUUGAGAUACGACUGAAACUUGGAGUGCAAAGUCUGUUGGUAUUACUGUAAAGUGAAUAUGAUUUGCAGUAGAAGAGGUCAGAGAGAUAUACAUUGAUUCAAGGAAUGAUUCAUAAUGUGUGCAGAAAGAGAUGGAACACCAUUAAACUUUAUGACUCCAAUGUUUCCACACAAAUAAACUGAUACUAUUGUGACAGUGAUAGCAAAAUCUAUAGUGAGACGCCCAAAGGUGGUAUUUACAACUAGACUGCCAGAAACACACUGCAGUGUCACCUAAGUGUUUCCGAAUGAGAGGAACAUAAGAAUGAAAUGUGUCUAGCCUGGAAUUAUUUCUCUAUUUGUUUCCACAGCUGUCCAAGAUAAUGUACAAUUAUUUAAAAUAUGUCUUCACCUCUUUGUAAAAUGAAAUAAAUUCUGCUCCAGUUAUA